AUGCAUAUAAAGCAGGAGCGGCGGGGAGCGGGCACCUGUCGCAGGAUCGGGCCCCUCCCGCCGCUCUGCCCUGCACCGAGCCACGGCGCGGUGUCGGCCAGCGAGGCGCUGCUGGCGGCCGCCGCCUUCUGCCUGGUGUUCCUGCUGCUCCAGCGGCUGCAGCAGCGGCCGCCCGUGCCCGAGGGGCUGCGGAGACCGCCGGGCCCCCGCGGCUUCCCCGUGCUGGGGAACGUGCUGGAGCUGCGCAAGGACACGCACCUGGCGCUGGAGCGGCUGAGCCGGCGCUACGGGGACGUGAUGGAGGUGCGCAUCGGGUCACGGCCCGUGCUGGUGCUCAGCGGGCUGGACACCAUCAGGCAAGCGCUGGUCAGGCAAGGAGAGGACUUCAUGGGGCGCCCCGACCUGCCCAGCUUCCRCUWCRUCGCMRAYGGGCAGAGYAUGRCKUUCAGCCCCGACUCCGGRGAUGUGUGGAARGCSCKSARRAAGMUGGCMCAGARCGCCCUGAAGAGCUUCUCCAUCGCCCCCAGCCCCACCUCGUCCUCCACCUGCCUGCUGGAGGAGCACGUGUCCAAGGAGGCCGAGUAYCUGGUCACCAAAUUCCUGCAGCUGAUGGAGGAGGAGAAGAGGUUUGAUCUCAGCCGGUACCUGGUGGUGUCGGUGGCCAACGUCAUCUGUGCCAUGUGCUUCGGCCGGCGCUACGAGCACGAUGACCAGGAGCUGCUCAGCCUGGUGGACAUCGGCAACGAUUUCGGGGAGGUGGCCGGGAGCGGCCACCCGGCCGAUUUCAUCCCCGUGCUGCGCUACCUGCCCAGCCGCACCAUGGAGAUCUUCAAGGACCUCAACAGGCGCUUCAACGCCUUCGUGCAGAGAAUUGUGCAGGAGCACUACUCCAGCUUCGAUAAGGAGCACAUCAGGGACAUCACGGACUCGCUGAUCGGCCACUGCCAGGAGAAGAGCGUCGGGGACGACAGCCGUGGGCAGCUCUCCAGUGAGAAGAUCAUCAACAUCGUCAACGACCUCUUCGGGGCAGGCUUUGACACCGUGGCCACCGCCCUGUCCUGGAGCCUCAUGUAUGUUGCCUUGUACCCCGACAUCCAGAGCAAGAUUCAGGAGGAGCUKGACCAGCGCAUCGGGCGGGAGCGGCGGCCGCGGCUGUCGGACCGGGGCUCGCUGCCCUACACGGAAGCCUUCAUCCUGGAGAUGUUCAGRCACUCCUCCUUCGUGCCCUUCACCAUCCCUCACAGCACGACAAAAGCCACGGYGCUGAACGGUUACUUCAUCCCCAAGGGCACCUGUGUCUUCAUCAACCAGUGGCAGGUGAACCACGACGAGACCCUGUGGAAAGASCCCUCCGCCUUCAAGCCCGAGCGGUUCCUGAACGCGGCGGGGACGGAGCUGAACCGCACGGAGAGCGACAAGGUGCUGUCCUUCGGCCUGGGCAAGCGGCGCUGCAUCGGCGAGACCAUCGGCCGCUGGGAGAUCUUCCUGUUCCUCACCACGCUGCUGCAGCAGCUGCGCUUCUCGCUGCGGCCCGGCGAGCCGGUGGACAUCACGCCGCAGUACGGACUGACCAUGAAGUACAAGAAGUGCGAGUCGUUCCGCAUCGAGCAGCGCUUUCCCGCAAAAGCCGCUCCGUAGGCGCGGAGGGGAGGCAGCCCCGGCGGGCGGAGCCUGUCCCGCUUGAGGAGCAGCCCCUCGGCGUGUCCCGGCGUUGGAGGCUCCUUUCUCUCCCGGGAAUGGGAGCGGAGAGGGAUAAAACCGGCUUUGUCCGGCUUCUGGAGCCGGUUCCAUCGUUUUUCCCGCAUGGACGCUCGGCGGAGGUCUCUCGGRCAGAUCGCAGCUCGUGGAAGGGAGGAGGAUGCUCCGGGGAUGUUCUCGGUCUCACUCCACCCAAAUAUCAGUUUUUCUCUCUGACCAGCCUUGCCCACAAGAAGCUGGAAGUCUCUUUUCCAAACCCUCCAGCUCCYCGUGCCGACGGGAACGGGCGCUUCCCGCUGCCUUCAGAAGGGCUCUCGAGGCUGCGCCAGCGCCCACCUCCAGGGGACCCGUCCUGGGUGCGCCCGCAMGCCCCAAUUCCUUGAAUGUGAAUGAAUUCCUGAAUGUUCGUGUCAAUUAUUUAAAA